CCCCUUUUUUAAUAUCAUCAACAACAAAGUCCUUUUUAUUUUAUUUGCAGCCUAAAAUUUCAGCGAAGCGAAAGCGGAGGAGACUUUAGUAGAGCGCAUCAACUUGAAUAUCUUCUUUUAUUGGUUGCUCGACAAUUGGAGAUUAUGCCCCGUAUCGCAGGGGGGAAGAUUUUGGCUAUAUGCCAAUCAGGUGGAGACUUUGUUACAAGCAGUGAUGGAUCCAUGUGUUAUAACGGUGGAGAAGCGCAUGCAAUUGACAUUGAUCGUGAUAUGCUGCUCAAGGAUCUCAAGUCUGAGAUAGCUAGUAUGUUUCACUGCAGGGCUGAUACAUUUUCCCUCAAAUAUUUUCUUCCAAACAACAAAAAAACUCUCAUCACAGUUUCUAGUGACAAAGACUUACAGCGCAUGGUUGAUUUCCAUGGAGAUUCUCUUACGACUGACCUUUUUGUCAUCAAAAACACAAAAAAGGUUGAGAAUAGGAAAACUAAGAGUGUUGUGGCUGACUCAGAUACCCCUACCAGAACCACCAUUGUCGCAAAUAAUAAUGGUAGUUGCAACACUUCUGACACGGCCAAGCGUCGGAGGGUACUUGACGAGUGGGAAAAUUUGAUCACUGGCAUUGGUCAAGUAUUUGAUGACAUAAAAUCAUUAAGGGAUGCACUCCACAAGUAUGCUAUUGCAAAUACCUUUGAUUACAGAUUCGUCAAGAACGAGUCCCUUCGCUUAACUGCUGAGUGUACUACUGAGGGCUGUCCAUGGAGAAUCCAUGCAUCCAGAGCCGCGGGUACACAAGAGUUUGUAAUCAAGAAAUGGAAUGAAACUCAUACUUGUGGGAGGAGGGCAGGCACAGAACGAAAUAAGCUAGCAAAUCAACGAUGGGUUGCUAGUGUUAUAAAAGACAAGCUCAAAGAUUCUCCAAAUUAUAGCCCAAAGGACAUAGCUAAUGAUCUCCAACGCGAAUAUGGAGUCAACUUGAACUACACACAAGCGUGGCGUGGGAAAUAUUUUGCAAAGCAGGAGCUUCACAAUUCCCACGAGGAGGCUUGCAGUCAACUACCUUGGCUUUGUGGGAGGAUAUUGGAAACUAACCCAGGCAGUGUAGCUACAUUGGAAACUUCAGAGGAUUCGAAAUUCUCUCUCUUUAUUGCCUUCCAUGCAUCUCUUAGUGGCUUUGAGCAUGGUUGCCGCCCUCUUCUUUUUCUUGAUGGGAUAUCCCUCAAAGCAAGUAAGCAGUGGAAAAUUCUGGCAGCGAAUGCAGUUGAUGGUGAGAACUCUGUUUUCCCGGUUGCUUUUUCAAUAGUAGAUACUGAGACUCCAGAAAACUGGCACUGGUUUCUCACGCAGCUGAAAUCUGCUCUGUCAACAUCUCGCACAAUAACUUUUAUAUCCAACAGAAAAAACGGUCUUGAGGAAGAGGUAACUCAAGUUUUUGAGGGUAGCUACCAUGGUUAUUGCAUUCGUCAGCUAGAAGAGGAUUUCAAGGAAAAAUUGGAGGAGGAGGAGGAAGAGAAGACACCAGAGGCAAAGGAUAAGAUAAUCAGUGAACUUAAAAAAUGUGUUUAUGCUUGCAAAGUUGAUGAGUUCAACGAGUGCAUUGAACACAUCAAAGCCGAAUCCAAAGAGCUCGCUGAGUGGGUUUCGGCUGCCAAGCCUGAACUCUGGUCGAAUGCAUUAUUCAAGGGUUUGCGCUAUGACAGUUACUCCUCUGAUGCUUCAGUGACAUUCAACAGCUGGAUAAAAUCAAGGUAUGAGCCGUCAGUUGUACAGAUAGUCGACAUGAUUAGGUGCAAGAUGAUGGAGAUGAUAUACACUCGUCGAGAGUCCUCAAAUUCUUGGAGGGAAAUACUAACACCAUCCAUGAACCAAAAAGUACAAGACGACAUAGCCAAAGCACGAAACUUCGAAGUGAUAUGCUCAACUGGGAGCGUGUUUGAGGUCCACGACGAUCCAGUCUGCGUCGUCAAUAUCGAGACUUGGGAGUGCACAUGCAGAAAAUGGCAGGUCACUGGCAUGCCAUGUGUGCACGCUCUUGCUGUUCUUGUUCGAACCGAUGGGUGCAUUUACGAAUUCUGUUCUAAGUAUUUCACGACAGAAUGCUAUCGAUUGGUAUAUUCAUUAUCAAUCAUUCCAAUACCCGAUGUUGGAAGAUCUAGAUGUGUUGUUCCUAUGAAUGUGGAUUUGGUGGGUGAAGAGACAAUGACGACAUCAGCUUCUCCUCUUCCUUGUCGAAGUCGUCCGAUCAUAAUCUACUUAAUUUUUUUUUGGCUUUUAUUUGUUUCUUUAUUUUCAUCUUCCGGCGAUCUAUCUCUCUUCCCUUACGGAUAA